AUGGGGGACUGGAGAGAGGAAGAUAAUGAAAGACUCUUGUUGUUAAUGAAGUCUCAAAACCCUAAUAUUCUUCCUUCUUCUACUUCACCGGAAAACCACUUCCCUGCAAACCCCUUAUCUGGAAACCGCCUUUUCCAAAACCCUAGACUACUUCAAAACCACCAAAACCCUUUCACUGAGAACAUUUAUUUUCAAAACCCUUAUGAUCUCCCCGGACGCUAUUUUGGUCAGUACCCUAUGAAUCCGCCUGAGCAAAGCCUCGAGGAUUCGCUGCGUCUGCUCAGUCUAUCAACUUCUCCUCCUCCUCGGUCUCAGUUUCUGCCGUCUUCGGCGGCCGCUCUGGGAAAUUCUGGUGGCGGCGGGUUUUUUCCUUCAAGUUAUGAGCAGAAAUUUCAGAUGCUGAUACAUCAUGUGCAUUGUUUAGAGAGGAGAAGAAUUCAAUCUGCAGUGAGAGGCCAAAUGGGUGGUGAUUAUAUGAGCAAUAAUAAUUUUGGUCUUUUUAAUCCACAAUAUUCAAGCUCCUCCUCCAGGAAUUAUCCGACACCAGAUGAGUCUGCAGCCUCUUCUUCUAGCUACGGCUCAUCAGAGGCAUCAACGAGUAGAUUUCGAAAGGGAAAUCAACAAGAUUAUAACUUUCGAAGGUCCCAUAAUGCUCAUCGUGAUCAUGAGUGUAAGUAUUGUAACAAAUUUGAGGGAGCGAUGAUGCCGGGGGAAACUGAGAUGGACCGUUUGUAUAAGUCCAUGCUUUAUGAUAAUUGCGAGUGUAAAAUUCUCAAGAUUUGCGAAGAAAGCGAUCAAGAAAAAAUUACUGAAAUUCUUUUCUAUUUGGUCACUAAUGGAAAAAAAUUCAAGCGUAUAUGCACCGACAGCCUUGGAAGUCGGUCCAUGCAGAAAUUAUUGGAGCAUCUGAAAACCCCAGAACAAGUAGCAUUGCUCAUAUCGGCUCUGAGGAAUUUGACACAUAGCUUGACCAAGUGCUCGGGUGGUCAGUUUCUAUUGGCUCGAUGCUUUUGUCUUUUCUCCGAAGAGUUUAAUAAGCACAUAUUAGAUCUGAGGAUACCACAUGUUUUCGCAGAUUUAGUGGCGCGGCUUGAAGGGAACUUUCGUGCUCUCUCCAUGGACAAGUUUGGCAGCCAUGUUGUGGAGAAAUGUAUGAGAGAGUUUGGAGGAGAGCACUCCACUAGGAUUAUUCAGGAGCUUAUUUCUAGUCCCAACCUUUUUCUGAAUAUUCUUCAGGAUAAAUUUGGGAAUUAUGUUGCUCAGACUGCAUUGACAAUAUCUAAGGGGGCCAUCCACCAAGCUCUUGUUGGACUCAUUGAGUAUCAUAGCAAGUUUCUGGAGAGCCAUCCUUGUGGGAAAAUGGUGCUGGCUCGAGCCAGAGGCGGCAACAGAAGGUCGAUCACCCAGUUUGGAGAACAAUCUGCUCUUAUGGCGGCAUGGCUUGGAAGGGUUUCAUGCUCUUUCCUCUGUGCUAAACUCCUCUGUUUCACUCAGCCUCUCACGCUCACGCUAUCACUCUGCAUCUCUCUCCCAGUCUCUCAUCUCCCACCGUCUCUUCUCUCGUCUCUCGGUUUCGCUGCCGUCCUCGCCUCGCCGUCUCUUGUGAAAAAGACACAGAUAGAAAGAGAAGUGGAUGUAGACGAGAAAGGUAUUCAAAGAAGCUGCAAGAAAUUGCAAGCAUGA